AUGGCUUCUCGUGUCAAUAUCUGCCAAGUGAACAUUUUGAACAAUCCAGCCGAGUUCACUUCCAAAUUCAACUUGGAAAUCACUUUCGAAGUUUUUGAAUAUCUCCCAAAAGAUCUCGAAUGGGAGUUGGUUUAUGUUGGAUCGGGAACUUCCAGUGAAUACGAUCAAGUCUUGGAUUCAGCCCUCGUUGGCCCAGUUCCAGAAGGUCGUCACAAGUUUGUCUUCGACGCGCCGUGCCCAAAUGUUGCGAAAAUUCCAACUGAAGAUAUUGUUGGUGUCAGUGUUUUGUUGCUUCGCUGCAAAUACAAUGAGCAAGAGUUUAUCAAUUUGGGAUGGUUCGUUUCGAAUGAAUAUGUUGAUGAGGAAUUGAAGGAGAAUCCACCAGCGCAGCCAUUGGUUGAUAAGGUAUUUUUUUAUAUUUUUGUGCUCACAAGGGAAGUACAACUUUUGAUGAAACAUAUCGAAAUAUACCAAAUCGACCAUGCUGAUCACGAAUCCGAAGUCAAAAAUUGCUACAAACGCCUGUGAGCACUUUUCUGGAGCUCGAAAGUUAGUUCGCCCAUUUUCACCUUGUUCCUCGGUGGAAAAUCAAUUAUUAUAACUUGGAUAAGAUUGUUCACCACAUUCGAAAACCUGUCAGCAUUUUAGUUUUUCAAAAAUUAUGAAAAACCAGCUGAAAACUGUAAUUUUUAAGAAUAUCCUGAAAAUACACACGUUUUUCAAAGUUUUUUGAGGAUUUUCUUAAAAAUUACAAUUUUCAUUUGAUUUUUUUCGAAAAACUAAAAAGCUGAUAGGUUUUCGAAUGUGGUGAACAACCUUAUUCAAAUUAUAAAAAUUGAUUUUCCACCCAGGAACAAGGAGAAAAUGGACGAACCAACUUUGGAGCUCCAUAAAAGUGCUCACAGGCAUUUGUGGCAAUUUUUGACUUCGGAAUCGUGAUCAGCACGGUCGAUUUGGUAUAUUUCGAUAUGUUUCAUCAAAAUUUCAACACCUGACCUUAUGCACUUCCUUUUUGAAUAAUUUUGCAACCCUGGCACAAUUUCCAAGCUCAGUUUUUUUGAGAAAGUGUACCAGGAUUGCAAAAUUUAGGCUUCUAUCUAAAAAUGCAACUUCAGAAAUUUUAUGCCUAAAUUGUCCUAGAUAAAACUAGUCAGAAAAUUCGGAAUAGAAAUAAUAUAAUUUAUUAUUUCAGCUCAUUCGCAAAGUCGAAAUCGAUGAUCUUCGUGUCACAACUCAUUCAAUCAAAUGGACUGAAGAAGAAGCAGCGACCGAAUUUCCAGAAGCCAAUGAAAGCGAGCGCGUUUUUGUUGAAGAGGAAUUGAUGCCAAUGAAUGAUGAAGAAGUUGAUGACGAAGAGGAGGAUGAUGAUGUUGGUUUUUCUUACUUGAAACCUAAACCUUUCCAAAUUUUGUUUCCAGGAAGAGGAAGGAGAUGCGAAUGCUGAAGUCGAUUUAGCUUUCGAAGAAGUCAAUGAGCGUGUUUCGAACGCGUUGAAUAGUUUGGAUGGAAAGGUUGUUGAGAACACUGAAGCUGCUGGAGAUAAUGAUGUUGCGAUGGGUUAGUUUUGGGGGCACGUAGAUGUGGGGGUAGAUGUUGUUAGUGGUGUGUUAUAGAAGACGAUAGCGGAGAAGGAGAAUCGAUUCAGAUCAAUAACGACAAAAAUUGCUUCAUCCGAUCCAUUUGGCGAUAA